AAUAUUUAUGCUGCUCGCGGUUCCGUUAUGGUGACAGGAUGGAUUAAGGAGCACUUCAGGGGUAUUAGCACAUCCACUGGUGCCAGCUACGGAGCUGGAAUGAUUUGCACUGCUGUUCAUCGAUUAAAUAUCCACGUUACAGCUUUCGUCCCCAGAGAUGAUUUGGUCGAAGGAAUAAAAGUUUCUGUUAAAGGAACAGUUAACCGUCGUGGUGACGCUCUCAUUAUGCAUGCAAAAGACAUGAGUUGCAUCGAAAUCAUACCUGGGGUUGAAAAUAUGACGGAGGAUGAAAUGGAUGAAGCAGUCGAGGCUCCUCCAUUGACGAGUGUUAAAAGAGAAGCAUCUGACGUACCGCAUGGAAAUGAUGGAAAGAAAUCAAAGAUAGAUUAGUCUUCAUUGUGCAUUUCUCGCUAUUAAUUUUUAAUAGUUGAUAUUUUU